AAGCGUCGUUGAAUUAUCGAGUAUUUUCCAGGAUAUUAAACAGAAUUGCUUCGUCUAACGUCAUCAGCCGUUGAGGUAUUCGAGGGAGGAAAUGUGCGAUACACGAUAAAAAAUGCGAUCGAAGAUUUGUUUGAUUAAUAUCUGCAUUCGGCACAAAUGCACGAACGUGCAGGAUGGAAUUUCCAAGAAGAGUCAGUGGAAGAAGGUUCGUCUAAAGACUGCGCAAGAUGCGAAAGUCCACCGAGAGGAAGCUCCAACCUCGAAAAAUGCCGGACAAUCCGCAUCGAACUCUAUUUAUAAUUCGCCUGCGAUACCCGACAAUUUCGAGGCGGGUUUCUGCAAAUUCGCCAAAUUCGAAGUCAUGUUGAACAAAUCGGGUAAUAAUGUGCAGGUUUCGGAAGAACUGAAAGUGGUCGAAAGAAUAAAUGUAGAAAUGCAGACGCAAUCGACUGAAUUGUUGCAUCAACAAUUGUUAUCUCACAAUAAUUCUCAGAAAUCAAAAGAAUCUCCGAAAAAUAAUACAAAUGUUGGUAUUAAUUUGAGAAAGGAUACUGCUAGAGUUAAUGAAGUUAAUAUGCAAAUGCUGCCCAAAUUAUUGCAUGAACAAUUGUUCGGGAAGGAUAAUAAGCAAGAACGUCUCCCUGAAGAGGAAAUCAACAGCAUCAAGAAAAAUUUAAGCACAUAUGGCAUAAAUGUGGAAGACGCAACCAGGUUAUCCGAUGUAAACUUGAAGUUACCAAUUUUGGAAGGGAAAGAUAUAGAGGAACAUUUUUACAACAUUGGAAGAGCACAAGUUAAGCCAUACCUGAAGAUCAUAAAUGAAAUUAUAAAGGAUAUUCCAGAGAUGCCGAAACAGUGGCUUUUCAAAGAAGGCUGGACCAGAUAUACAGCAGAUGGUAGGGUGGAAAGUGUAGAUUAUCCGUUGGAAGAUGGAGUAGUUUUCGAUAUUGAAGUUUGCAUGAAGCAGGGUCCUUUGCCUACUCUCGCCACUGCAGUCAGUAAUAAAGCUUGGUACAGUUGGGUAUCAAAUUCUUUGGCGCAGGGUAUCGGUCAGAUGUUUGACACACAGUUGUGUACACCUAGUCUGCUUAUUCCUAUGGAAAGUAAUAAAGACGAGUAUGGAUACAAAUUGAAUCAACACCAGAAGAAGCCAAAGAUCAUAGUAGGUCACAAUGUUUCAUUUGACAGAAGCAGAAUUAAAGAGCAAUAUUGGAUGAAUUGUACUGGAAGUCGUUUUCUCGAUACUAUGUCGUUACAUAUAUGUGUUAGUGGUCUUAAUAGCUACCAGAGAUCGUUGUUAUUAUCUAAGAAAACGGAUUCGGAGAAGGAUAGCUGGCAAUCCAACACAUCGCUGAACAGCUUGUUAGAAGUGCAUAAGCUCUAUUGUGGCUAUGAGAUAAGUAAGGAAUCGAGAGACAUAUUUGUUGAAGGUACUAUCGAAGAUGUUAAAAAUAAUUUUGAUAUGUUGAUGACUUACUGUGCCAGUGACGCUGUCGCCACUCACAAUGUUCUACGCAAUUUAUUUCCGCUUUUUCAGGAGAGGUUUCCUCAUCCUGUUACUCUAGCUGGAAUGUUAGAACUCGGCUCCGCAUACUUACCGGUGAAUUCUAAUUGGCAGCGAUACUUGGAGGAAUCAGAAUCCACUUUUGACGAUUUAAAUUACGAAGCCAAGUUCACUCUCGCUAAGAGAGCCGACGCCGUUUGCCACCUCAUGCACGAGGAAAGAUAUAAAGAAGAUUUGUGGAUGUGGGAUCAAGAUUGGAGUACACAGGAAAUUAAGAUAAAGAAUAAAGUGUCCUCAUCAAGAGCAAAACUUGCCAAUGUAGAAAAUAUAAGAGAAGAGUUAGACAAGAAAGAGCAAUCAGACAAUAAGAGAUAUUUAUCGGAUGACGAAGAAGAUGAAGAGGAUUCUCUGGCGAAGGAGUUUGCUUAUUUGGAGGAGACUAGGCACUUGUUACCUGUUAGAAUGCCCCAUAUGCCAGGAUAUCCAGCCUGGUAUAGAAAACUCUGUCCUAAACCAAGCGACGAAAAUUGGAUGCCGGGUCCUCAAAACAUCAGCACGUCCAUGCAAGUAGUUCCAAAACUGUUAAAUCUGACAUGGGAAAAGUAUCCAUUGCAUUACAUAAGAGAUCAUGGUUGGGGAAUUCUGGUGCCUUUCAACGACGAUUCCGACAUUGAGACUAAACUACCGCUGAAAAAUCUUUUAGGACACUGCCCAUUGCCAACAUCCAACAGCUCUAGGGACACAUCCGGAGACGCGAUGUCUACCUUGAGCACCGAUGUACAGAACGAUCUUCACAAGACGGAAUUCUGGCGGUUUAAGAAGAAGCAGGACGGGCCGGACAAUAAGAUAUACAAGGGCACCGGCGUGUGGUGCAACAUCGUCAUUGACGACUGUUGCUACUUCUUCAAGCUACCGCACAAAGACGGUGCCAGUAACAACGUCGGUAACCCGCUCGCCAAGGACUUUCUCAAUAAAUUUUCCGAGAAUGUACUCGCCGGUUUGGACGUCAGCGCCGCGGAAGUACUGAAGAUCGCCCGCAUGUUGUCCUACUGGCGGAACAAUCGCGACAGGAUCAUGUCGCAGCUAGUGAUAUGGUUGGACGAUCAUUCUCUGCCCAGCAACGUCAAGAAGACCAAAAGACAUACGCGUUACGGCGCCAUAAUACCUCAAGUAGUCGUUUCCGGAACUUUAACGCGACGUGCCGUGGAACCCACGUGGAUGACAGCGUCGAAUGCGCAUGUCGAACGAAUCGGUUCCGAGUUGAGAUGCAUGGUUCAAGCGCCGCCAGGAUACAACAUCGUUGGCGCCGACGUAGACAGUCAAGAGUUGUGGAUCGCUUCCAUUAUCGGAGACGCGCACUACAAAAGUAUUCACGGGGCCACGCCUUUUGGCUGGAUGACUCUAAUCGGCACUAAAUCCAACGGCACGGACAUGCACAGCGUCACCGCCAAGGCUAUCGGUAUCUCGCGCGACCACGCCAAGGUCAUCAACUACGCGCGGAUCUACGGCGCCGGUCAGAAGUUUGCCGAGCGAUUGCUGAAGCAGUUCAAUCCAUCCAUGACCGAUGCCGAAGCCGCUUCCAAGUCGCGCAAGAUGUUCACCUUGACCAAGGGUAAGAAGGUGUUUCAGCUGAAAGCUGAAUUUGUCAAUAACGACCUGGAAGACAAGUCUUACACAUCCUAUGAGGCAUAUCAAAUGGCGAAGUUGCACGGUAAAACGUUGCAAGACAUGUUCCAGAAAUACGAAUGGAUAGACGGCUCGGAAUCGGCCAUGUUCAACCGGCUGGAGCAGAUUGCUGGCCACAAAUAUCCGGUCACGCCGUUUCUCAACGCCAGAUUGAGUCGCGCCCUAGAGCUCACCAAUACCGAUAACGACGACAAGUUCCUGCCCACCAAGAUCAACUGGGUGGUGCAGAGCGGCGCGGUGGACUUUCUUCACUUGAUGCUGGUCUGCAUGAGAUGGUUGAUGAGAGACAACGCGAGAUUCUGUUUGUCGUUUCACGACGAAGUGAGAUAUCUCGUCCCGGCUAGGUACAAGUACAACGCUGCCCUGGCGAUGCACGUGACCAACUUGAUGACGAGAUCGUUCUGCGCCUCUCGUCUAGGCAUGAGGGAUCUGCCUAUGUCGGUGGCGUUCUUUACCGCCGUGGAAGUCGAUACCGUUCUUCGCAAAGAGUCCGCGCACGAUUGCAAGACCCCUUCGAAUCCUCACGGCCUGCAAAACGGAUAUGAAGUAUCGCCAGGCGAGACUUUAGACGUGUGGGCCGCCUUGGAAAAAUCUAGUGGCUCGUUAGGUUCAUGGAACGACGCGAAAAAUCGCAAACUUAAGUCGGCGGAGAAUUCUACCGUCCAAAAAUCGCCGCAAUCUUAUAAAGCUAAUUAAAUUAAAAUUACGAAAAUUGCAAAAUUAAUUUUUUUAUCGCAAUUUUUCAAAACUAUAGUUUAAGUCAGAAAAAAUUAAUGAAGGAAAAGGAAAACGGGGAAUAAAAAUUACGGUAUUUUUUUUAUUUAAU